AUGACACCAUUGUUGAAUUACUCCGUUGUACAAAACAACGAUUGCCUCCUGUGGUUGAACUCUCAACAGCCCAAAUCUGUUCUCUACGUCAACAUUGAUAAUCACUCACAACUCACACAGGUACAAACCUUCGAGCUUUGGCAUGGUUUGGUGAAUAGUAAAAAGGGGUUCUUAUGGGUACGAUGGCCGGACUCCAUAGCUUUAGAAGGUCGAAUUCUGGCGAAGCUCAUCAAUGGCAUGAAGGAGAAGGGUUUCAUUGUUGAUUCGGCUUCAAAUAACCAGCUCUUGGCUCAUAAAGCAAUCGGCGGGUUCUUGACCGAUGGCGAUUGGGACUCGACUCUUCAAGGCAUUGUUGAGGACGUGUCGAUGAUCUAUUGGCCAACUUCUUGGGACCAACGAGUAAAUAGCAAGUUCAUGAGUAAGACAUGGAAGGUGGGGAUGCAUAUGGAAGAAAGAUGCGAUAAAAAUAUAAUCGAGAAAACAAUACGAGAUGUUAUGGGAUCCAAGGAUCAUGACUUGAUAGAAAAUGUAAAUAAAAUGAAAAAGUUGGCCAGAAAAAGUGUAAGCAUUGGUGGAUCAUCCUAUAUAAUGUUGGAUAAUCUAGUAAAUAGUAUUAUCGUGAUGCAUCUUUAA